AUGUCAUCGUCGCCAAAUCUCCUGACAUCGACUGAACCCGUUACGUCGCCUACGAUUGAAAUACCGGCUCCAUCCGUGACGCUGACGACAACCGAGAGGUCCGCCAAAGACAAAGCGCCGACCACAGCUGCAGUACCACUAGCGUCUGAAAUGCAGAUUGCACCCAAGAUGUCAUCGUCGCCAAAUCUCCUGACAUCGACUGAACCCGUUACGUCGCCUACGACGAUGGAAAUACCCGCCCCAUCCAAGAUGCUGACGACAACCGAGAGCGUCGCGAAUCCUGUUGACCAUCGACUAACCCGUUACGUCGCCUACGAUGGAAAUACCGCCCCAUCCGUGACGCUGACGACAACCGAGAGGUCCGCCAAAGACAAAGCGCCGACCACAGCUGCAGUACCACUAGCGUCUGAAAUGCAGAUUGCACCCAAGAUGUCAUCGUCGCCAAAUCUCCUGACAUCGACUGAACCCGUUACGUCGCAUACGAUGAAAAAACCGACUUCCAUCCAAGACGCUGACGACAACCGAGAGAUUGCACCCAAGAUGUCAUCGUCGCCAAAUCUCCUGACAUCGACUGAACCCGUUACGUCGCCUACGAUUGAAAUACCGGCUCCAUCCAAGACGCUGACGACAACCGAGAGGUCCGCCAAAGACAAAGCGCCGACCACAGCUGCAGUACCACUAGCGUCUGAAAUGCAGAUUACACCCAAGAUGUCAUCGUCGCCAAAUCUCCUGACAUCGACUGAACCCGUUACGUCGCCUACGAUGAAAUACCGGCUCCAUCCGUGA